AAAAUAAUAACACCAUUAUAAUUUUAUGAUGCUUUACACAUAACAUUGUUUAUUACUCCUGUUCCUGCGUAUUUUACGACUUCGUCACUAUGUUUGUUUGCCAUCGCUGUGAUAUUGAGGCCAGAGAUGGUGUGCAGUGUACACUUUGCUUAAACUGGUAUGAUUUUCCAUGUGCUGGUAUAACGGAGGCAGGCUAUCGCAAACUUGGUGAUAGGAAGGCUACAUGGAAAUGCAGCGCAUGCAAGACUGGGCUGGCGAGUCCAUUGAACCCCCCUACCAGCAAACCAACAGCAGGAAAAGUGACACAAGUCGACUUAGAUAACAUCUUCCAGGAGCUAAAAAAACUGACAGAUCAGGUGUCGGCGUUGCCUCAGCUAGUAGAAAACGUGAGGUCUAUUCAAAUUGACAUUUCUGAGCUGAAGACUCUGAAGGAUGAAAUGCCGGAUUUUAAAAAGUCGCUGGACCAUGUUCAUGCUACUGUAGAUGAGCUGACUGACAAGCUAACUGAUGUGGAACAAGAAAUCCAAUCCUUACAGAAGACUAAGGAGGAUAUUACGAGACUCCAGCAGCGUUUGGAGAAGAUUGAGACAACGUUGCAUGAGAAUGACCAGAGAUUGCGGUUAAACAAUGUGGAAAUUAAAGGUGUUCCAGUUACCUCUUCUGAGAAUCUUUUCACAAUUGUCUCUAAAAUUUGCACUAAGGUCAACUGUGAAGUAAGACAGGAACAAAUUAAUUACAUUGCCCGAGUUCCACAGCGCAAUAGCAAGGAUAACAAGAACAUCAUUAUGUCACUGCAUAAUCGUUACUUGCGAGAUGACUUCAUUGCAGCAGCCAAGAAAUGUAAAAAUCUAACGAUUACUGACAUAGGCUUAAAUGGCAGUGGUAAUAUUUAUGUUAACGAUCACCUUACAUUUGAGAACAAACAGUUGCUCAACAAGGCAAAAUUACUUGCUAAGGAGAAGAAUUUUUCCUAUAUUUGGGUAAAAAAUUGCAAGAUUCUUGUGAAGAAAAAUACAACUUCUCCCACAUUAGUGAUCAAGUCGGAAUCAGAUUUGAAAAGAAUCUCAUAGGUUUAAAGUUCUCUUCCGAUGUUAACAUGUUUGUUUACUAUGCUAAGAGUUUGAGUAACACUGGUACGAAUAUCUACAUUUAUUGUAUAACUGCGCUAAUGACCUUCGCUAUUAUCUUCGUGCUGCUUGGGUCGGGUCUUACUACCUGCUCGGACUAUUACAAUUUCAUACCUUACAUAUCAGUUAAUAAGGUUGAUCUUUUUCCACUACGCCUUGCGUAUUUAAUUUUUCUUCCACCUUACUUUUUUAACCAUUUAAUUAUUGUAUACGAGUCUUUCGUUAUGUUUUGCCACUUGCCAUUUUUACUUAUAAAACAUGAUAUUAUUAUGCUUAAUUUGUUUAUAGUUAUGAAGGAUUUAUUUAAAUGCUGGUUUACAGUUUUUACCGCGUCAUGUUAUUGUCGUUUAACUUGCGGUUUACGAACGGGUGUGUUAAUCUAUGUGCUAUUUUUUUUCCAUUGCAAAAAUGAUGAUUAAUAUAUAUUAUCAGAAUGUGCGUGGCUUGCGGACUAAAGUAUCUGAUCUUCUGAGAAGCGUCUAUAUACACAACUAUGAUGUGAUAUGUCUAACUGAGACUUGGCUUAGGGAUGAUUUUAAUGAUUAUGAACUAUUUGGUGAUCGUUAUAUUGUCUGGAGGCGAGAUAGGAACUACUCAAAUACAAAUCAGACUCUCGGGGGAGGGGUCCUCAUCGCGGUUCAGCGUGAGCUUAUUUCGGAGUGCUGUAACGACUGGUGUUCAUCGGCCGAGGAUAUUUGGGUAACUAUAACACUUAGAAAUUUGCGCCCUAGUAAAACGUACAAGCUACAUAUCUGUACGGUGUAUAUUUGUAAGCAAGGCUCAGGCAAUAGUUUGAUGACGCAGUUGGCUUACUUUUAUAAUAAUCUACACGACAAAAUAGUAGGCAAUCUGUCUGAUUACUUUCUAGUUUUGGGAGAUUUUAAUUUACCUAAUUUGUGUUGGUUACUAGCAGAUGAUGGACAUUCUUAUUAUCCGGUAAAUAUACAAGGUUCAAUAUUGUCUGAUUUUUUUGAUGUUAUGAAUACAUGCAAUCUGUUACAGUACAAUAGUCAUAUAAACACUAAUGGUAGAAUAUUAGACUUAGUUUUUUGCAACAAUGUGAUUUCUAUUGAUAGAUGCCCUGACCCGUUACUACCUGAAGAUCCUCAUCAUGUUGCCUUGGACAUUUUCGCGAAUUUUAUUGAAUGUCAAGCAUUACGAAAUCAGUCUAGAAUUAAAUAUUUAUAUCAGGCAGCUGAUUUUGCGUCAAUAUCUCGCGAACUCGAUGGCUUUAAUUGGCAUCGCGAU